AGGCGUUGUGGCGGUAGUGGUGCCGCGAGGUCGGCCCCGCGUGUGGAACGGCGGGGGCGUGCCGGCGCCUAAGGCAGCCAGGCUGGGAUUCUUGGCCACAUUCUUGGGUAAACAGUCCCGGAGCCAGCAGGUGUGUGGUCCGUGAGCCGGGACAGAGCUGCGGGGCAGGAGGCGUCCCGGGCUUCCGAGAUCUGGGUCGUUGAUGAAGCGCCGACCUCCUCAUCUUCACAGGGCCUGCAGGUUAAAACCCAGCCUUCGUCCUCAGCGGAGUCUCCCUUCAGACUUGCAUCUUUUCCCAACACUCCAGAAUUCUGCCUUUCCUGGAGGCCAUGGAUUCUUCGACGCCUUUGCCUCCUGCAGUGUCCUCCCCGAUCUGCAACCCAGCCCCACGAACGAUCCAGAUCGAGUUCCCUCAGCAUAGCUCGUCGCUGCUGGAAUCUCUGAACCGCCACAGGCUAGAGGGAAAGUUUUGUGAUGUGUCUCUCCUGGUGCAGGGGCGGGAACUUCGGGCUCACAAAGCAGUGUUGGCUGCUGCUUCUCCUUACUUCCAUGACAAGUUGCUUCUGGGGGAUGCGCCACGACUCACACUGCCGAGUGUCAUUGAAGCUGAUGCUUUCGAGGGGCUACUUCAGCUCAUUUAUUCUGGGCACCUCCGCCUGCCUCUGGAUGCUCUCCCUGCCCAUCUUCUUGUAGCCAGUGGCCUUCAGAUGUGGCAAGUAGUAGAUCAAUGCUCAGAGAUUCUUAGAGAACUAGAAAUUUCAGGGAGUGGAAUUUCAGCCCGUGGAGGAGCCUCCUUCCACACAGUUCUUCCCACAUCUUCUCCAGGAGGGUGGUGCAUUCGCUCCUCCCCUUUCCAGGCCCCAGUACAGUCUUCUGCUUCUACUGAGAGUCCUGCUUCUACCGAGAGCCCCAUUGGAGGGGAGGGAAGUGAACUGGGAGAAGUGUUACAGAUUCAGGUGGAAGAAGAUGAGGAGGAGGAGGAAGAAGAAGAAGAAGAGGAGGACCAAGGAUCAGCAACCUCACUGUCUCAGACUUCUCAACCUCAGAGAGUAUCAGGGAGUUUUGCCCAUGCUCGUGGGACCCACCCGCUGCCCAUAACUGCUCCCCACAGGCAUCCAGAAGGUGAGAAUACACCAGUUGAGUCUACUGCUCCCCCCACCUCACUGUCUCCCAAAAUCUUCUACAUUAAGCAGGAGCCCUUUGAGCCUAAGGAGGAGAUAACAGGAGGUGGAACUCAGGCUGGAGGAAUAAAAGAGGAGAUCAAAGCAUUUCCUGGAGGAGAUGCUGAAGGGAAUGGGGAGCUAAGAUUCUUACUGCCCCCAGGAACAGGUGCAAUAUCUGGAGGAGGGGGUCCGUCGUGGAAACCAGUGGAUCUUCAUGGGAAUGAAAUCCUUUCCGGGGGUGGAGGACCUGGAGGAACAGGGCAGGCUGUGCAUGGGCCUGUAAAGCUGGGUGGAGCACCACCAGCAGAUGGAAAACGCUUUGGUUGCUUAUGUGGGAAGCGGUUUGCAGUAAAACCAAAACGUGACCGGCACAUCAUGCUGACCUUCAGCCUUCGGCCUUUUGGCUGUGGUAUCUGUAACAAGCGCUUCAAGUUAAAGCACCAUCUGACAGAGCACAUGAAGACCCAUGCUGGAGCUCUGCAUGCCUGUCCCCAUUGUGGCCGUCGAUUCCGAGUCCAUGCCUGUUACCUUCGUCACCGGGAUCUGUGCAAGGGCCAGGGCUGGGCCACUGCCCACUGGACUUACAAGUGACUGCUCAGGCCGUCCACUAAUUUCAAGGACAAGUAGCCACUGAUGAUGAUGGAUACUUACCCUUCUGCUCUUGGGUAUAAACCUCAGCUCAGCAGACUGGGAAGUUUAGAUUUCUCACCCAGAUUUUGGUAACUCUGUUUAGGGAAGUGGUUUAUAGGCUAUACUUAAAUUGAUCACUUGCCCAUGAUGGACUUUCUUUUUUGCAGUCUUAAUGUCCAUUGAGAAAAUAAGACUUCAGAUUAGAAGGUUAGAGAAGAGGUAGAACACAGUGAUGACAUAAUUUUUACUUAGUGUCCAUGAAGAGUUAAAGGACCUGGUGUCCAACUAAGGAUAUAUUCAACUUAGAGCUGUGAUGACCUAAGACAAAGCUCUAAGUUUUCCCUCAUGAUUGCUGGAACUGUGAGCAUAAUCCUUUUUAUGUGCUUUUUUUUUUUUUUACUUUUCCAGAAGCCCCUCAGAUUAUACCAUACUUUCCACUAGUAGACACCUUUCCAUUACUUGUUUUAAUAAGUUGUAGUUGAGCACUUUAACAAAUUAAGCAUUCCAUGUGUCAUUCCUAGAACCUUCUUUAAUAGAGGAUGUUCCCCUCAACAGCUUGUGCCUCUUGUCUACCUUUUACCACCACGGAUAACUCAUACAUUGACCACAGUGAUGAAUGUGACCAGUGAACUCAGGAGAUGGCAGCUGACCCUCAUUGUUUUCAGGGUGGCAUUACUGCUCUGUGAACAAUCUGCCAUGGUCAAGAGGGACUCAGGGCUGAGGCCACAGAUGCUAAAGAUUACAGGAUAACUGCACAGUAGAACCACACUGCCUCAUUUUCCAUCCCACCUACAUUUGAUAGAGGUAGCUCUUUUAUUGAGAGGUGGAGGGAUAGAUAUUAGAAUGAGGGUGGAGGGAGAUGUUAAUUAAUUUCUUCAAAUAAACUUUGCCCUGAAAUCUAAA